AUGGCUGCGCUCAGCGGGCUGGCUGCUCUCCGUGCAGGGCGCCGUCUGUGGAAGCUUCCUGCGCGCCCGUCUGCGGGGCUCCCCGGCUGCUGGCUCCGGAGGGGCUACAUCGUGGGUCGCGCUGAGAGCCCUCCCACCUUUGGCUUACUGUUUGACAUUGAUGGAGUGCUGGUUCGCGGCCACAGAGUGAUCCCAGCUGCUCUGGAAGCAUUCGGCAAGCUGAUAAACUCCCAGGGGCAGCUGCGGGUACCCGUGGUUUUUGUCACAAAUGCUGGGAACAUCUUACAACAUAGCAAAGCUCAGGAGCUAUCAGACCUGCUAGGGUACAAGGUGGAUCCAGACCAAGUCAUUCUCUCUCACAGCCCCAUGAAACUCUUCGCGCAGUACCACAACAAGCGGAUGCUGGUAUCUGGGCAGGGACCCCUGGUGGAAAACGCCAGAGCACUAGGCUUCCAGAAUGUGGUAACAACAGAUGAGUUGCGAACAGCCUUCCCAGAGCUGGACAUGGUGGACCUCGAGCGGCGGCCGAAGACCACGCUGCGCCCGAGGAAUGACUUCCCUGCCAUUGAAGGGGUCCUCCUGCUUGGGGAACCAGUCCGCUGGGAGACAAGCCUGCAGCUGAUUAUGGAUGUCCUCCUUAGCAAUGGGAACCCUGGGACUGGCCAGGUGACAGCUCCAUAUCCCCACCUCCCUGUCCUGGCUAGCAACAUGGAUCUCCUGUGGAUGGCUGAAGCCAAGAUGCCCAGGUUUGGUCACGGCACCUUUCUGCUCUGCCUGGAAGCCAUCUACCGGAAAGUAACGGGCAAGGAGCUGAAGUAUGAGGGCUUGAUGGGCAAACCCAGCAUCCUCACUUACAAGUACGCAGAGGACGUGAUGAGGCAGCAGGCUGAGAGGCGGGGCUGGUCUGCCCCCGUCAGGAAGCUCUAUGCUAUAGGUGAUAACCCUGUAUCUGAUGUCUAUGGCGCCAACCUGUUCAACCAGCACCUGCAAAUGGCAAAGCGUGGAGAGGAGGAACGUGAAACUGGUGGACGGCAGAAGCGGCAGCCUUCAACAAUCCAGAGCUGUGUCUCCAUCCUGGUAUGCACGGGCAUACACAAUUCUCAGGACCCAGGCUCUGAAGGGGCGCAGCUUCUAUUCCAUGGCCACCGAGACUUCAGCUUCAGUCCGGAGCUCCUAGAGGCCUCCCACAUCGUUCAUGAUGUGGAUGAAGCUGUGCAGCUGGUUUUCCGCCAGGAGGGUUGGGCUUGAUAGGAAGGAGAUGUAUCACAGACAAGGGGCUGUUGGGGCAUCCGCCUCAGGGAAUCCUGUGUGCCAGGCUGUGGUCCAGGUCACAGGCAUCAAGUCCCAGCCUGGCCUUUGCCACGACUUCCUGAAGAAGAUCGCAGCUUCAGUAGCUAUAGAAUGACCCUUGGGUAGCAUUUCAGGAGGGAUGGAUCUGGUCCUUCCUGUGUGUCUCUUGCAGUCUGACCUCAUACCAGUUACUUUACCUCUGUGCCUCGUGUCCUCUCAGUAAGGACUUUUUUUUUCCCUCCAAGACAGGGUCUCACUAUUGUAGCCCUGGCUGUCCUGGA